CCCAAAUCGCUACACUGUCUCUGCAUAUUAUCUUUACAUACCACGAACACGAGGUAUUUACACCUCCAUCCUUGCAUUGAAAUAUGGCUGCUGCGGUUUCAUCAUUAUUCCGCUACUCCACUGGGGCCGUUGCGACAUCCGAGACCGCUAAGGCAUUCUCAUGGGAGGCCCCGGUGCCUGUCAAUACAUUCUGGGAUAGCUUUGAAUACUCCGUCGCUCGUAACUUUCUGGCCAAUUUCUCCGAUGCCGAGCUUACACAGCUGCCCAUUGACGAGGCAAGUUCCGAUGACCACCGAAUCAAGCUGCAGCUCCUCCUACGGCUGCUCCGAGAGAAACUAGAGCAGGAGGAGGCAGCUACGUCGCCUCCGCAGUCUCUCUACACAACCGAUUACCUGCGCUGGUACCAGUUGUGGCAGGGGAUCUAUUGUCUUCAAGAUAAGUUGGACCUUCCCGAGGCCGAACAGACCGUUCGGAUGCUGGUGGAAAAGAGGCCCGACGAAUCAAAUGUGGUGCCACCGCACAUGCUCGCGGACCACCUGGUGAAGAUUGGGAAGUACCAGGAGGCAGAGGAAACUGAAAGGCCGGUUUGCGCAUGGAUGGAUUCACGGCCGCACUUGGGACCAUCUUCUCCACAAGCCAUCAACGCUCGCCGGAUCAUCGCCCAAGCCUUGUGGGGGCAGGGACCAUCAAGGCGCUCGGAAGCCGAAGCCCUGGUGGCCGAAAUCCAUCGGCUCGUGGACACGAUGGAUGGAGGGAAGUUUGGUGUUUAUCAGGCUGAAGAGAAAAAGCUCAACGAGGAGCUUGUGGCCAAGCUCCACAUCUCCUGACCUGGUUUGAUCUUGUGUCGCGGCUUGUAAGCCCGACCAUCUGUAGACAAUGACGUUGAAGUGAGGCUUCUCUAUCGUGUGGGUAGCUGCUAGAUAUGAAUCAGAAAUGGUUCUCUGCUCUACACAGACCCCACCAUCUUCUACUCGAUUUUUACUCUAGAAAUCUAAGUAACGCUUCUUUAUAAUCUUGUCUUAACAUGUACACCUGCAGUGUUACGGUGUGCUAGAUACCAUAGGAACCUC